GGCAGGCGCGCGGCCGGCGCGGGGCGCGCGCGGCGGGGCUGGAGCGGAACGGGCGGCGGGGGAAGAUGGAAGGAGCCUCGUUCGGAGCGGGCCGGGCGGGGGGCGCCAUCGACCCCGUGGAUUUCCUCAAGCAGCCGCAGACCAUCCUCCGGGUGACGACCUGGAUCUUCUCCAUCGUGGUGUUCGGCUCCAUCGUGAAUGAGUGCUACGUGAACAGCGAGGGCUCUGAGCUGCUCUGCAUCUUCAACGAGAAUGAGAGUGCCUGCAGCUACGGCAUUGCCGUCGGCAUCAUCGCCUUCUUUGGCUGCAUCUUCUUCUUUGUCGUGGACCUCUACUUCCAGCAGAUCAGCAGUGUGAAGGACCGCAAGCGGGCCGUCCUGCUGGACCUCGGCUUUUCAGGUUUCUUGUCCUUCCUCUGGUUUGUAGCCUUCUGCUUCCUGGCAAACCAGUGGCAACGCACAAGGAUGAGCAAAGGGGUUUCGCAAGGAGCAGACGCCGCCCGGGCAGCCAUCACCUUCUCUUUCUUCUCCAUCAUUGUCUGGGUCGCGCUGGCGCUGAGGGCUCUGCAGAGAUACCGCCUGGGGACGGACAUGUCGCUCUUCGCCACCGACCAGUUCGCCAGCGACCCCACCGCGGCGUAUCCCGGGUACCCCAGCGGCAGCGGCAUCGAGAGCACAGAGACCUACCAGAGCCCGCCCUUCACCGAGCCCGCGGACACCAACCCCAAGGGUUACCAGGUGCCGGCGUACUGAGGGACACGGGCCCCCCGGCCCCUCCUGCCGCGCGUCGCCGCGCGAUCGCAAAUGUAUCCGUCCCAUUUCCUUAACGUGGCGAGUGCCGGGUUCCUUCUAUUAGCUAGUUGUGCAGUGAAUUCUGUACAGUGGUAAUUGGUUCUUGUCUUACCUGUCCAAGGGUUUUUUCUAAAACAGUGUUCCCUCUAAGUCCGAAGGAAGGAAGGUUGUUACCGCAUCACCUGCAUGAAGCAAAAAGAUGAAUAAAUGGUCUUUCUGAGGCGCUGGGCUCUGCUGAGCACCCGGAAAGCCUUUUGUCCUGUUAGAAAGCACAGUAGCUGAGGAGUUGCUUAUUUAUCUCAUUCUUCCAGAGCUAACAUAGAAUCAGUGUCAUGGUGAUGGGGAGAUGAGCCCCGUUCCACCCCUGCUGCAGAGCUUUUCUGUCCGUGGUCCAUGGAAAGUGCCAAAUUCACUAAUAAGUGGUGUCUGUGUUAUUUUUAUUUGUAUAUAUUUACUGUAAAAAAAAAAUAAUCCAAACAGGCGUUUCAAACUUAGCUUAGGACACAAGCAGCAUGGGCGGCACAGCGGGUUGGGGGUGUAAUGUCAAAUAUCCAACUUGCUCCUAACGCUUCAACGCCCUUCUGGUUGAAGAAUGUAAAAAGUUACUGUUUCAAACUGGAAACCAGUUCAGCAAUAGUUGGCUGCUAAUUAGGAAUAGCCUUUUAUUAGGGGAAAAUACGGCGCGUUGCAGUUCCACUUCUUCACCCAGGGGUUGGGAAAGUUUGCAAAUUUACCGAUAGUUACAUUUCCCCACACGCGGGGGUGUCCCCACAGCUCAGAGUCCGAGGCAAUUGGGAGCAAUAUUGAACUCAUGUUUUUACACCAGGCGCAGCCGCCAUAGCCCGCAGCUGCAGCAGAACCUCAGGGGAACGUGCGUUUUACCCUGCGGGCUUGGGAGACGAGGAGAAUUGGACUUUAUAGGUGAUUUAAGUCCGUCAUGUGGGGGCUCACAGCCCUGGAUCCGCAGGUAGCGGGAGAGAAGUGAAUGGAAAACACCCGGGCGAGAGGUUGAGUUUGGGUUUUCAGCUGCACAAUUCCUGCCUUGUCAAAAGAAAAUGUACAAAAUCCCGCAGAUCGCCCGUCUGCCAGCGCGGUGGCUCCGCUCGAGCUGCUCGGCACUGAGGACAAAGCAGAGGAGCCGAAACUGGAAUUCGCAACCGCCUCGGUGGCAGCUCCGUCCUCGGAGCCCCCAGGGUUUGGCUUUGCUGGUUGACGCUGGCAAAAGUUGGUGCUGCCGUCUGCCCCCUUGGCGAGCAAUAGUGACCGUGCUGUCCCCGCUCUCCUUGGAGCAAAAACAUCCAGCAGGUUGGUUUUUGUCAUCAUUUCUGCUGCUAAAUUGCAAAUAAAUGCAUUAACUACUUGACUCCCCUGCUGUUCCAGCCAGGUCCAGUGUGCGUUUGCAGCGGGACAUCCUUACAUCAAAUAAACCAGGGACACCCCAACCCCAGUGCAGUAAAAGCCUAAAUUAAUUCUGGGAACUUUGUGAUUUUCUUUUUCUAGAGUCAGUCUUGGUGAGAAAAGGUAUUUUAAAAGGCAAAGGGUUUUAAUACAGGGUACAGUAGAACUGUAGCAAUAUUUUCCUUAGAGGGAACACUGAAAUUUUAGCAGCACAAACAGUACUUGUGUUAAUAUUUUAGCAAAAAUUAUAAUCAAUUUAAAUGUUUAAAUUGAUUGUACGUGAGAUAAUGUUUGUUCGGUACAUUGUAUUUUUUCUAACUAUAUAACUGUUCCAGAGUUUCCUUGUAAACGUAAAGAACUAAAGCUCUGUCCGAGUUCGGGCCGUGUCCUGAGCGCUGGUGUAACCCUGAAUAUUACAGCUCUGAAUGUCACACCCAGCCCCGCGUUGCCUUUCUUUGCCCCGCAGCUCCCAGCAGGGGGACACUGAGGGGACACCCCCCCACAUAUCCCCUGUGCCAGGACCGACCUGAGCGGUGACACCGGGACAACUUCGGCGCCACUUCAGCUCCCGGCCCAGGCUCCGUGGUUCUUCUCGAGGUUGGCGGCUUUUUACAGCUCCCCAAAAGUUGGUGUUUAACUUGUAGUCGGCGUGGUGAGUGUGCAAGGACCUGGAGAGGAGGAGGAGGAGGAGGAAGGGGCUCAGGUGCCCCAGGGGGCAGCGGGAAGGCUGGACCAAUCACUCCUGGAUUAAACCGGAGUCGGGAAUAAUGUGUCCAGCCACACGAACUAUAAAGAACCUCACAGGCUUCUGAUUAGAAAUUAGACCCAUCGGUGUAGUAACUGUAUUUUUUGGGGUUCAAGCAUUCGUAACACUGUCCUUUGUCCUUUCUCCCAUUUUUCCUCCCACACGCUCGCCUGGGUGCGGCAGCACCCGCAGAUUUCCCCGUUGCCCUCCAGGCUGUGUCCCCAAAGGCUGGGACAGCUGCCACCCCAUCACCCCACUUUAACACGUCCCUGUUCUCCAGCAGCAAACUGGCGCUCUCAGGGGCCGGAUCCUGCUGUGCCAACAGCUGCCGCGCAGCGUUAGUGCUGAGUUUGGGUGUAAAGAGUAGAAUUCACCCACCCUGCACCUUCCUGAGACGUGUUCUGCCACAUCAGCCCGGCCAGGAGGUUCUGUUGCCACCAGAGGCUUCUCAGUGCUGAAGUUAACCACAUCAUAGAUUUUUGCAUAUUUAUUUUAAAAAUAUUAAAAGAUUUGAAAGAAUUGGAUUUUAUUCCCCAGUGUUUUAAGCUAAGGUGGAAGUUUUGCUGCGCUGAUCCUUAGUGAAAGCUCCCCACGCACUGUGAGCGCUCCCUCCCGGUCACGGCUCCGGGCGGUUGGUUUUCCUGGCUGUUCUGCCUGGACCCUCUUUAGAUUUUCCCCUCAGUCCAAGUGACAACUCUGACCUUUCUUCCCCCUCCUGUCACCCAGCAGUUCUUUCCAGGGUAAUUUGUACCCUUCUCCCUCCACAACCCCCCCCC